AUGUUUUUGUUUUUUUGCUGCCUUCUUCAUUUUUUUCCUUCUUCAUUUUUUUCCCUUCUUCAUUUUUUUCCUUCAUUUUUUUCCUUCUUCAUUUUUUUUCCUUCUUCAUUUUUUUCCCUUCUUCAUUUUUUUCCUUCUUCAUUUUUUUCCUUCUUCAUUUUUUUCCUUCUUCAUUUUUUUCCUUCUUCAUUUUUUUCCUUCUUCAUUUUUUUUCCUUCUUCAUUUUUUCCUUCUUCAUUUUUUUCCUUCUUCAUUUUUUUCCUUCUUCAUUUUUUUCCUUCUUCAUUUUUUUUCCUUCUUCAUUUUUUUUCUUCUUCAUUUUUUUUUUUCUUCUUCAUUUUUUUUUUUCUCUUCAUUUUUUCCUUCUUCAUUUUUUUUUUCCUUCUUCAUUUUUUUUUUUUCUUCAUUUUUUCCUUCUUUUUUUUUCCUUCAUUUUUUUUUCUUCUUCAUUUUUUUUUCUUCUUCAUUUUUUUUCCUUCUUCAUUUUUUCCUUCUUCAUUUUUUUUUCCUUCUUCAUUUUUUUUUUUCCUUCUUUUUUUUUUUCUUCUUCAUUUUUUCCUUCUUCAUUUUUUUUCCUUCUUCAUUUUUUUUUCUUCUUUUUUUUUCUUCUUCAUUUUUUCCUUCUUCAUUUUUCCUUCUUCAUUUUUUUUCCUUCUUCAUUUUUUUUUCCUUCUUCAUUUUUUUCCUUCUUCAUUUUUUCCUUCUUCAUUUUUUUCCUUCUUCAUUUUUUUUCUUCUUUUUUCAUUUUUUUUUUUUCUUCUUCAUUUUUUUCCUUCUUCAUUUUUUUCCUUCUUCAUUUUUUUCCUUCUUCAUUUUUUUUUUUUCUUCUUCAUUUUUUCCUUCUUCAUUUUUUUUCUUCUUCAUUUUUUUCCUUCUUCAUUUUUUUUCUUCUUCAUUUUUUUUCCUUCUUCAUUUUUUUUCCUUCUUCAUUUUUUUCCUUCUUCAUUUUUUUUCCUUCUUCAUUUUUUUCCUUCUUCAUUGUUUUCCUUCUUCAUUUUUUUUCCUUCUUCAUUUUUUUCCUUCUUUAUUUUUUCCCUUCUUCAUUUUUUUUCCUUCUUCAUUUUUUUCCUUCUUCAUUUUUUUUCCUUAUUUCUCUUUAUCUUCAUAAUUCAUUUCUUUCUAUCUUUUUUUUAA